AUAGCCUGUGGCAUAAAGCGAAUUAGUGCUUGUAUUCUGAAAUAGUUACAAACCAUGCAAACAAUGCACCAGGAAUAUUCCAGGAAGUAGGGAGGGGUGCCCACUGGUGCUUUUACGGCAGGCAGGUUGAACUCCAUGCUUGUCUGCCACAUAGUGCCCCCUCUCCCUUACUUUUGUCAGGGCAGGGAAAAAGGACAUGGGGUGUGGCAGGCUUGGAUCCUCGGGACAUGGAUCCUCAGGCAUUUCUUUCCUGGCAACAAAUGGUCUUUCUGCUCUGUCCAGCAGGUCCAGGAGGAGUGACCUCAGUGGUUGGAGUAGAGUGAGAAGAAUUGACGGUUUUGAGCACAGUGCCAGACAUCCAAAUGGCAGGAUGUCACAAACCAUCCUUGAUGUUGUGACCUCUGUACUUCCAAAAUUAGAUGAGGAGCGGCUGCGAAGUCUUCUUGAACGGCUUCUACUAGUUGUUUGCAUAGAAGAAGUCCAAGAUCUCUGUUACGUGACAGAAGACGAUAUUAAGGACAUCCUUACACCAUGUCAAUACCGCAAAUUUUUGGAUGCCUUUCGAAGGAGAGGCGUUUCUUCUGUAAUGCCACCAACGACUUCUUCUCCGCCACUGCCUGCACCAUCUCCUCCCUCAGCUGCCUCCUCUUCAUCUUCACUCUCUGCCAUCUCUACAUCUUCCCAAUGGAUCCAGGAAUUUCAGGUUCCAUGGGGAAAAAUGCCAGUUUCACUUAGAAAUGCCAUGUCUCAGGAACAAAGGGCAGCCCAGCCUGACCGACUUCAAAUGAUUAGGGUUAUCAUAGAUGCUGUCAGAUUGCAUUGUGUUAACCCAACCAGAGCUCAGUGUGCUGAGAUAGCCAGGACUGUGGUAGCACAGUACCCCAAAACCUUUGGGGAUGUGACUGAUGAAGGAGAACUCUUGGGAUGUGGCUACACAUCCCUUCUAAAUCAAUUAAAAACCAGAGUUGAGCAUGUGAACAGAAACAACACCCUUGCCAGAAUUCGUAAACCAAAGAGAGCAAAUCCCGAAAGCAUUCCCCAAAAGAACUCAUUUAAUAAAUUGGACAGUUAUGGUUGUGUUGAUUGGCAACCUCAGGACCUUCCUGAAGGUGAAACCUCAGAUUCCCUGGAAGUCAAAAGGCAGAUGUUAGUGACUCUAUACAAAACUGAGGGACCUAGACGGGUGGACAUGGUUAGGGUUGAUGACCUUAUGCAGUUGACAUACGUUAAACAACGUGAUCUUAUCAACUCCAGCCCCCCUCCUCAAGUUUCUACAAUACUGGAGGAGUGGCCCUUUCUAUCCCAGAAGAGAUGGCUUUGUUUACAUUUUGAAAAACUGACAGGGAUCGACCUUCUUUCAAGGCUGACAGAGGCUUUUCUGAGUAAGGGCAGGCGAAUUGUCAACUUCUUCUUGCAACAGAGGUUGAAAUGGAAAGGGGAUAUCCAGUCCCUGUUAACGGAGAUCGGAAAUGACACUAGGACAUUAGAUGACACCAACCUCAUGGCAAUCUCAGCGAUCCUGCUGUUAAUGGCAUUCUUCAGAGAGCAGACAGAUUCUCUCUUCAUUCUGGCUGAUGUCACUGAAACCGUGGCAGACAUAGAGGGGCACGAGAGAUUGCCUGACACACCCAGACUCAUUAUGCUUGGACCCUCGCUCAUGACAGCAAAAAGAUGGAUGGUGUCCAUUGAAGGAACAGUUGCUAUUACAUUCACUGGAUCAGACAGUUUUCCUGCUGCCUUCGCCACU